CCCACCCUUGCUCGCUCCCGCCCAGUGUAAGGGCGUCCCUGGUUGGUUUCCAUGGCUUGCCUUGCCGUAAAGUGAGGGAAAAUGUCUGAUUCCUGUCAGUGUUUAUAUUCUUGAUUCCUGAACCAGGCGUUGUUCCCGAUAUAUCGCUAGAAGCAUGACUAUUACAGCUAUAUACCUAGUUAAAAACCACGCUGGGAUGUCCGGGGCUUAAUCCAAGGGACUUUAUUAACACGGGUGCCCACCCUCCCUUUCAGAGCCAUGUCACUGGGCAGCAGCAGGGGAAGCAGCAGCAGCAGCAGCAGCAGCAGCGGUGGUGGUAGAGGUGUUAACCUCCCAGUGGAGGUAUGGCGUGUGGUCCUGGCCUACCUCCCCCUCCCAGAGCUGGGCCGCUGCAGCCUGGUGUGCAGGGCCUGGAGAGAGCUGAUCCUCUCCCUGGAUAACACCCGCUGGAGAGAGCUCUGCCUGGGCCUGCCCGAGUGUCCUCGACACCCCAACUGGCCCAGCCAGCCCCACCUGGAGCCCUCAUCCUGGAGAGAAGCCCUGAGGCAGCAUGCCAUCGCCAGUCGUACCUGGUCCCGUCACGCCCACCCUGAGCUCCAGCCCUCCUCCUGCCUUCACCUGUUCCGCCGGAGGAAGGAGAGGAGGGUGUGGCAGGUGGGGUCGGGCCUGGAGCUGGAGACGUUGAGGGGGGCGUUGGUUGUAGCUGGGUCGUACGACCGGGUGGUGCUGCACCCCGGGGUGUAUGAGGAGCAGGCAGAGUUGGUGCUGAAGGUGCCUGUGGAGGUGGUGGGGUUAGGGAGGCUGGGGGACGUGGCUCUCCUGGUCAGUCUGGAGCAGCAGUGUCCCACAGCCAGGCUCUCCAACCUGGUCUUCAUGCCUGCAUGGUUCUCCACCGUUGUAUACAAGACAUCAUCAGGUCAUGUCCAGUUGGACAACUGUAAUUUCGAGGGAGCUCAGCUGCAGAUCCGAGGACCAGGAACCUGCCACGCCCGCUUCUGCUCAUUCUCACAGGGAAGCUCCACCCACUUCCUGGGCGUGGCCCUCAGCCUGUUGGAUAGCUGUGAUUUCUCAGGAAGUGAUUCGGCGUCCGUGACGGUUGAGGGCGCUCCAGUGACGGAGCGGAACUGGGCCUGUAAACACCUGGCCGCUCUGGCCCGAACCACCACAUCCUGGACCUCGCCUGGGAGUGGUAGCCCAGCUGGAGACAACUUGGGCGGGCAUUCAGGAGCCACACGGCCCCCUGGGGCUACCAUCACCCUGGAGGACUGGAGCAAAGGAGAAACGGAGAGCAGGAGGAGAGGAGGAGGAGGAGGAGAGAAAGGAGGUUGUCAGGAUACGGUGAUUGAGGACGGCUGGAGCGACAGCGCUCCUAGUGAGGAGGAAGAGGAGGAGGAAAAAGGAGAGGAAGGUUCAGGACAAGGCAACAACAGUCUAAACUACAGACUGGCCCACAGUCACCACGGCCUCUCUCAUCUCCUCAGACCCAACCAGGACGACUCCCCCUCGUUGACCCCUGAAAUCCGAACCCUGAGCGAGGAGCUCCAACGCGACCCCGGAGCCCAGGCGCUGGUCGAGGCAGUGCAGGGGUGCGUGCUGAGGCGCUGCCUGUUUCGGGACGGCAAGGGCGGUGUGCACGUGUGUAACCACGGAAACGCCAGGUUGGAAGGAAACGUGUUCCGAGGGCUGACCUAUGCCGUGCGCUGCAUCCAGAACGCCACGAUUGUGAUGCUCAGUAAUGAGGUGUGUGAGUGUCGUGCGUCGGGCGUGUUCCUGCGUCUGUCGUCUCACGGUCUGAUCGCUGACAACAACAUCCACUCCAACGGGGAGGCGGGGCUUGACAUCCGCAAGGGGGCGGACCCCAUCAUCCUGUGUAACAGAAUACACAGUGGUUUGCGUUCCGGCAUCGUGGUCCUUGGCAACGGGAGGGGUUCCAUCCGGAGCAACCAGAUCUACAACAACAAGGAAGCAGGAGUCUACAUUCUGUUCAACAGCAACCCUGUAGUCAGUGGAAACCAUAUCUUCCAGGGUCAGGCAGCAGGGAUUGCUGUGAAUGAGAACGGCAGAGGGGUGAUAGUCGAGAAUGUGAUCAGGGAGAACCAGUGGGGGGGUGCAGACAUCAGGCGGGGGGGCGACCCGGUCCUGAGGAAUAACUACAUCUGUCAUGGCUACUCUGACGGAGUGGUGGUGGGGGAGAGAGGCCGUGGACUCAUAGAGGAAAACCACAUCUACAGCAACAAGGGCUGUGGUGUGUGGUUGAUGUCCUCCAGCCUCCCUCAGCUGUUGGGAAACUACAUUACCCAUAACCGCAUGUACGGGCUGGCCGUGUUCUGCCGAAAGGACCCUGACGGGGGCGGGACCAGGGAAGGGGGGCAGGAGGGAGGAGGAGGAAGAGGACAGGAGAACUUCCAUGAGGAAGGAGAGCUGCUGGCGUGGGAAGGUGACCUUGACAUCGAGUACGAACGUCUCUGCGCCGGGUACUCCAGCAGCUCGGCUCUGGUGGAGGGAAACUGCAUUAGCCGCAAUGGAGCGGUUGGUUUGUACGUGAAGAGCAGUGAACCGCUGAAUGUCGUCGCCAACCUAGUGAACGGUAACCGUGGCGCCGGUGUCGCCGUGCUACAGAGCGGUCAGCUGACUCGACUAGUCGCUAACUGCGUCCGUGGAAACGGUCGCGGCGGCGUCACCGUGGAGAGGGAGUGUCGGGUGGAACUCCGCGGCAACGGUGUGUAUGACAACGGCGGCCAUGGCGUUAGUUUCCGGGGCGACGGACAGGUGGUGGAGAACGACGUGGUGGGUAACCGCGGUUACGGGAUACGGUUGACGGACAGCGCCGACGUCAAGGUGUUGCGUAAUCGAGUCCAGCCAGUGCAGGGGUGUGGCAUCGCCGUGCUGGGGCCGGCAAAGGCCGUCGUCCACGACAACCUGGUGUUCCAGGGUCACCCCGGCAACGUCAAACCCCCGCUACACCGCGACCCCGGCAACGACGGCAGCGCACUGCGCAACAACAGCGUGCUGAAACAUAGCAACAGGACAUGUUCCUCUGCCCCUCCCUGGGUUUUGGAGAACCCUCCCCCCCGUCCCCCCUCUGACCGUCCCUCAUACCUCCCCUCCUCCGCCUCCUAUCACCCCUCCCACUUUGUCAAUUCCAUGACUACCAGGAUCACGGCCACCGUCGAGAGCGGUUGCCACAACAACGGCAGCGUUUUCUGCACCAUCCUCUGAGGCCCUGGCAACCAGCCCGCCUAGCAACCCCGCCCUGAAGACGGAUUGGAUGACCUCCUCACCAGGGGUCAAGAGUUCUCCUGUCCCGAGACAUUCUGUUUUCUUAAAAAUUCCUCUGACAUUUUGAUCUAGGAACACUUGGACUCUGCAGAUGUUGUGGAAUGGCUGGCUGGACACAGAAUGUUGUCCUCCCCGGGGGUUCUAGAACGUUGUCCUCCACGGGGGUUCUAGAACGUUGUCCUCCCCGGGGGUUCUAGAACGUUGUCCUCCCCGGGGGUUCUAGAACGUUGUCCUCCCCGGGGGUUCUAGAACGUUGUCCUCCACAGGGGUUCUAGAAUGUUGUCCUCCCCGGGGGUUCUAGAACGUUGUCCUCCCCGGGGUUCUAGAACGUUGUCCUCCCCGGGGGUUCUAGAACGUUGUCCUCCCCGGGGUUCUAGAACGUUGUCCUCCCCGGGGGUUCUAGAACGUUGUCCUCCACAGGGGUUCUAGAACGUUGUCCUCCCCGGGGGUUCUAGAACGUUGUCCUCCCCGGGGGUUCUAGAACGUUGUCCUCCACAGGGGUUCUAGAACGUUGUCCUCCCCGGGGGUUCUAGAACGUUGUCCUCCACAGGGGUUCUAGAACGUUGUCCUCCACAGGGGUUCUAGAACGUUGUCCUCCCCGGGGGUUCUAGAACGUUGUCCUCCACAGGGGUUCUAGAAGUGUCAUUGAGCUAUGAGAUCCCCACUACUGGAGGAGCUUCUAUGCAGCUUCUAUAUUACUUCUAUACAGAACCAACUCUCACUAUACAACAUUUACCACUGUGACUGGUGUGGUGUCAUGUGACUGGUGUGGUGUCACGGACAGUAUCAUGUGACUGGUGUGGUAUCAUGGACAGUAUCAUGUGACUGGUGUGGUAUCAUGUGACUGGUGUGGUGUCAUGGACAGUGUCAUGUGACUGGUGUGGUGUCACGGACAGUAUCAUGUGACUGGUGUGGUAUCAUGGACAGUAUCAUGUGACUGUUGUGGUAUCAUGUGACUGGUGUGGUAUCAUGUGACUGGUGUGGUGUCAUGUGACUGGUGUGGUGUCACGGACAGUAUCAUGUGACUGGUGUGGUGUCAUGGACAGUGUCAUGUGACUGGUGUGGUGUCAUGGACAGUGUCAUGUGACUGGUGUGGUAUCAUGUGACUGGUGUGGUAUCAUGGACAGUAUCAUGUGACUGGUGUGGUGUCAUGGACAGUGUCAUGUGACUGGUGUGGUAUCAUGUGACUGGUGUGGUAUCAUGGACAGUAUCAUGUGACUGGUGUGGUGUCAUGGACAGUGUCAUGUGACUGGUGUGGUAUCAUGUGACUGGUGUGGUAUCAUGGACAGUAUCAUGUGACUGGUGUGGUGUCAUGGACAGUGUCAUGUGACUGGUGUGGUAUCAUGUGACAGUAUCAUGUGACUGGUGUGGUGUCAUGGACAGUGUCAUGUGACUGGUGUGGUGUCAUGUGACUGGUGUGGUAUCAUGUGACUGGUGUGGUGUCAUGUGACUGGUGUGGUAUCAUGGACAGUAUCAUGUGACAUCAGUGGUUAGGGACUGGAGUUUUGCCUGACUAGGAAUAACUCCUGGCAUUAAUAAUGACAAUAUUCACGUUUCCUCACUGGAAUGUCUUUUUACUGGGCUUCCUCACUUCUUCCAGACAGGUAAUGUUCUGACGGAGCGGUAUGAACUCACACUUUAUUACAUUAAAGGUUUUAUUGGUUUACAGAA